AUGACUCGUGCACCCUCCCAGCUCUCUUCGCACUCCACUGCUUCGUAUUGUUCGACUACCGAACUCGUUCCCCACCGCAGGGCUGCCAGGCGCGAGAAGCGGACGUUCAGCCAGAGACUGUUCUCUUGGCCGUGGCGGAAAGAACCAUCGGAGGAUUCGGAGAUGAACCACCUCGGUAUGCCAACCGAAGACAAGCCGGAGGGCGGCGGCGGUAAGCAGAAAGAGUUGAGCAUCUGGCACGGUUGGCAGCUGGUCUUAUUCGACUCGUGGUUGAACGUCCUUGUACUGUUGAUACCAACCUCGUGGAUAUUGAAGCUUGCAACGACCAAUUCUGACACGUUGAUUUUUACCUCUUGCAUCCUUGCAAUGAUCCCUCUCGUCAAAAUGCAUGACCUUGCCACCGGUGUACUCGCACGGCGCAUAGGAGGCUCCAAGACCGGACUGCUUAACGCUAGCAUGAGUAACGUCGUGGAGUUGGUCGUAGCGAUUAUUGCGUUGCGCAAAUGCGAGCUGCGCAUAGUCCAGUCUUCUCUCAUUGGAUCUAUGUUGAGCAAAAUGCUCCUUAUCCUUGGCAUGUGUUUUUUUGCGGGUGGGACACGAUUUUCUUCGCAAGACUUCGACUCCACUGCCACUCAGAUACAUUCCUCUUUGCUGGGUAUCAGCGUCGGGGCGGUUUGUCUCCCGGCUGCGUUCCAUUUUGCCCUCACAUACACCAUAGCAGGUGGGGUGGAGACAAGUCUUGCCGAGCAGAAACAAGAUCUAUUGAGAAUGAGCCAUGGUGUGGGAAUCGUUCUCCUGUUCAUAUACGUCUCGUAUCUCGUCUUCCAGCUCUGGUCACACACGCAUCUAUUUCAGGACAGCACUAAGGCGAGUGAUAAGCUUCCUGUCGCCGUCUCUGUCCGUUCCGUCACCCAACGCGUUCGCCGGAAAAGCGGCAACUCCACCCACAAACGCCGCCACUCGCAAACGAGUUCCAUUCGGUCCAUGCAAACGGUGCAAACCGCGCAAACCACUCACUCGAAGCAGUCUUUCGCCAUCUCUGUCAUAGACCAUUCGGAGAAGCCCAGCACUCUGCUGGAAGUCCCCGAGACCUCUUACAGCGACUCGCUCCACAGCGACCCCUCCUGCGGCCGCUCACCUUACAGGUACAACGUUGCGCCCGGGACGGAUAAUAUGCGUGGUCGCUCUGCGUAUCUUCUCUCUCCCUUAGGGUCUGCAUCUCAAGUGACUCUGUGCGUGAACGAGUUCGGGAUGCGGGCACCGCAGCAGAAUUCUACGGUCCGCCUCGUUCCCGAACGGCAUUCGCACGGCGACUAUGACGACGAACACUUGCGGGAGGACUCAUCCUCUGAUUCUUUGUAUGACGGACAAGGACGAUCUACUUCCGGGAGCAGCGGGAGUGAUGGCGAACGGAAUACUUCCUUGAGGAAUGAUCUCCUUCGGUCUCCGAGCGGUGCGCACCCUCCUGCACAUGGCAAGAUGCGAUACGUAGGACUGGAUGGCAGUGAGGCGUUGGAGGCACACACGGAAAGUCGUGGAUGCGCCGGAACGCAGGAGAACGAAUCGGCCCUUCAUUCACAAGUGGCCACCCCGCACGAAGAGCCCGAGAUGAGCUGGAUGAUGACGCUCGCUUUGCUCACCGUCGUCACAGUGCUUGUUGCUGUUAACUCGGAGUGGCUGGUCGAUUCUAUGGACAGCCUUUCUCCGUACAUCAGCAAGGAAUGGGUAGGUUUAAUCUUGCUCCCGACAGUGAGCUCUGUGCCCGAAUGUAUCACAGCGAUUAACGUGUCCGUGCGGGAUCAGCUCAGUUUAAGUAUCAGCGUUGCCAUAGGCUCGACCAUCCAAACGGCGCUCUUCGUCAUACCGUCGAUGGUCCUGUUGGGUUGGGUCCUUGAUAAGCCGCUCGCUAUGCUAUUUGAUCCUUUCGAGUCCGUGGUGCUGUAUAUUUCAGUCCACAUCAUGGGCUACGUCGUUGCCGACGGCAAGUCCAACUGGCUUGAAGGCGUCAUUCUUGUUUGCCUCUAUGUGAUCAUCGCAGUCACCUUCUGGUUCUAUCCAGGUUCCAACUUCUCCAGCACGCUUGCAGUCUGCUCCGGCUAG